UCGAAUUAUUUAUGUCGAGUGCAGAUGAAACGUGCAAAUAGGAAAAACUCGCACGGCGGGCGAAGAAUUCCUGCGUCACACGUGCGAGGAGUUCUCCUCGUGCUCCAAUUCCUUUCUCGGUAUUCCGUACGCGAUGCGUUACGUGACGCGACCUUCGGCUCUCGGAUGACUCGCAUAAAGGACGGCCGUGUCAGCUUCUCGUUAUCCAUCCGUUCUCGAAAAACUUCCUCAAUGCGUAAAUGUAAAUCCCCCGAAGCAUCCUCGUCCUCGUCUAAAUUGCCAGUAAUUGUAACACGGUAUCGGUCAGCUAUGAUGCCGCGAGGAUCGAUUCGCGGAAAUUCUUUGGUGUAAUCACCGUCGCAAUCUCAUCGUAAUUAUCAUUACGUCCUACUUUCGAGAAAUGGAAUACGUAAUCGUAUAUAUGUACAUACGCUAUGAAUCGACACUCUCACCCAGAUUCGUCUCACUUCAGAGACUAACCCCGAGAGAGAGUUUCCCGCAGGGGAGUCUCGCGUUUCAUAAUCCGCUACAAAGUAGCUUAUUCAACGAAGAGCCGUGGAUUUCGCGAAAAAUAAAUAAAACAAGAAGGGGGGAAAGAAAGAGAAAAAAGCAGCGGAAGAAGAAGAAGAAGAGAGGAAGGAAGCGCUAUGCCUGGCCUGGAGCGGAUUAAUCGCUGCGGUCGUCUGAUCGAAGGAGCGCGGAGGGAUUUUCUGAAAUAUUAUCUGAAAAAGUGUCCAACCCUCUUCCACAUCUGCUACGAUCCAAUCGGCACUCAUCGGAAAGCGAGGGCCUUCGUCGGAUUUCUCUUCGGAUUCAGCGCAGCUGUCGUUCUAUACGAGGGCAUAAUCGUCGAUCUACAAUUUGAUAUGUACACCAGUGCCAUUCUGGGAGCCAUUCUCGUUGCGAUGUUAUCGAUAGGAUGCGCGUCGUCGAUACAGAUAAGGUGUAUCUGCCUCUUGACGAUCCCGACUUUCCUCGGCCGAUCUGGGCGCAACGUCUUAAGAGCGCUCGUCUUGGGAUACAUAAUUGCGGGCCCGAUAUUUAAUUUAACGUACAACGGUAAAGAAGUGGUGAGGACUUUCGCUUGUACGGUGCAGCUCACGUACAAUCUCAGCAAGACGCGCUAUGAUCUCAUGUUCGGGCCUUUCCAGCAGGCGGUGUUGGCCAUGAAAGCGGACGCAAGCGAGUUAAAGGAUAUUUUAUCGUCGGUGAAGGAUGUGAUGAGCCCGAUAGUCGAGGAAAUCGAGGGCGAGGAGGAAAUGAGGCGAUUGAAAGAGGAGAACGAUUAUUUGGACGAGCUUCAGGACGAUACUAGGAGAAGCGACGAGAUCGAGGAGAAACAUGAAAAAGAGAUCGCGAAGGCGAAGUCUGAGGCGGAUGUUUACGAGGCGAAGUACAAGAGGAAGACCGAGGCGCGCUGCGAAGAGCAGCUUAGUCGCGGCGCGGAACGCUGCAGAGACAUGUUCGCCGACACUUACGACAAGUGUUACGAAAAAGUAUCAGUCUUCGCGGCCUGGCUGCUAUGCUGGCCGAUGAAACUCACCUUCGUGUGCAAUCUGGUGCAGGCCUUGGGCGGCUCCAAAAUUUGCGACCCCAAGGGGAAGGUGGAUUCCGGCAUCGGCGAGGGCUACGUCGCUCUAAAAAGAGCCAGAGAUACGUUCGGCACGAGUCUCAGGGAGGCGAAGUUGCAGUACAAAAUCCAGAAGCCUUCGGUGAAACUCGACCUUUACGACGCCACGGAUGCCGCGCAGGCCGUGAUGCACGACUUCAACGCGCGCAAGAAGGUCCUCGAAUCAGUGAUGACGAUUAUCAAAAGGUGUCUGUCCUUCGUGUUCCUGAGGGUCAUCCUGAACGCUCAAUCAUACCACGACAAAUAUUUAACUGAGAUUGAGCACGAUAAUAUAUACGUGACGUCGUACUUUCGCAAGAUCGACGCUAGGAGAAAGGCUCGGGGCAGCUUGACUCUGCUGCCUCUGAAGAAGAUCGAGAGGUUGAAGUUCGUGGAUCCGUAUAGCCUGCGGCCGAGCAAGGUCGAACGGGUGAACUUGAUCGGGCAAAUGGUGAAACUAAUCCUCGAGGUGAUCAGUGUUUCUACGUUUCUGCUGAUAGACAGGCUUUUUUACGAGGCGCUCAACUUGGUCAGAAAACACGCUUACAUGGAGUAUAUGCAGACAGGCCAUCACGACGUGAGCUUGGAGGUUCGCGGCACCGGCAUGAUCGCGGCUCUGAUACGCAGCGUGGUCCGAGGGUUCAACGUGAAGAGGCGCGUGAAGACGGUGGUGUCCAACAGCGCCUGCCUGCCGCGGCCGAGCAAGCUGCCGCGUCGCGUGCUCUUCAAGAUCUACUCCAGUUACCUGGGCGUGUUCGCGCUGCUGUUCACCGCUGCGUACACCCAGCGUCUGCGGCGCGUCGUCUGCUCGUUCUUCUACAGGAGGCGCGAGAAGAGACGGGUGCUUUACCUCUACAACGAGAGCCUGAGACGCAGACUCGGCCACGCCAAGUUCAUGCGUGCCAAGGUCAGAGCUAUGGUGAGGACGCGCCGGUUGGAGUACCACUUGGAUCCGUGGGUCGUUCUGAGACAGCGCUGGCCGAAGCUCUGCGGCUGGUUGGUACUCUUCGCCUGGGCGCGUCACAGGUGUCUCGUCUGCGGCGAAACGGAGCCGAGGAGAGGUCCCGAGUUCCGCAGGUGCACGACACCCGGCUGUCCUUUCGUCCAUUGCCACGAGUGUUGGCGCGACGUCGGCGAGAUCUGCUACGCCUGCUAUGCGGAUUUGGACGGCGAGACGGACGACGAGGCGGAGGAAUACGCCGCUCUUUUCUGACCGAGACGAGAGGUGUUCGACUCGGAAGCUGUCGAACUUUUAGCCCGUUAAAGCGUGGACCGUUACGUUGAUUUCAUCAUCGUAUUUUAUUGUCGUCGUAUUUCAAUGUUCGACUCAAGUUGGAAUUCGUCGAAGAUAUGGCGAACAGAUGCAAUAAUUUACGACACACGUAUAUUCGCUAGCUCGUCCGGCUCCUAGACUCUUUAUUAGCUGUAUAAUUUAUUCGUUGUAUGCAAUGAGGAUAACGUUUCACAGGUAAAUCAGACGCGGCAGUAUUGCGGCGCCGAACACUGACGACUUCCCUCAAUUGCCCGGGUAGUUAACAUGUAAAUACGUAAGGAAAAAAAACUCGGUCACCUUGCAACUGGAAUAGGAGCUAGAUGAAAACUCGAUAAUAAGAGAUGAAAAACUCGGUGACAAGAAAUGAUAUCUUACCGCGACUGAGAACAUUCAGCUGCAUCGGGACUCGGUUGAGACCGAACUGAGGACGAUCAACCGAGCAGAAAUUUCCCACAGGAAUCUUUCUGUUUCUUUAAUCGAGUUUUUAUCCGGUCCCCACUCCAUGGGAACGUCGGUGGAAUCGACGUGGGAUCGACUUUCUUAUUUCGAUUCCAUUUCGAUUGCACAUGCGAUGCUUCCGGGCUGGCAACGGAAAAUUCAGUUACACCGACGGCAUUUUUUCCGAGCGUUACAAAAGAAGCAAGAAAUAUAAGUCGUCGGAAGGUCGUAAGGAAACGAUCAUAAAUAAAUUUCAGGAGUCAUCAUAGAUCGACCGAAGUGACGAUGUGCCAUUACGACUUGUGACGGCUGUUCAUCGCGGAAGCUUUUAGCCACGCGCGACGCCGCAAGCAUCGAAAUCUUCCAUUCGACGAACAGCUGUUCUUGUUUCUUGGAACCAUAGCUACGUGUUACACUACCUCCGUCGUAUAAUCGAGAUAAACGUUGAUCGACGAAAAAAAACAUCUCGGUGGCUGGACGCGGGACGACCAAUCGCGGAUACGAUCGGCAAUAAACGCGUGUGGAAUACAUGUGUGUGUUAUGACGUAUAUGCUACAGGCAAUAUUUUAUUUGCAUACGCACGUUAUACAUAUUAAUUUUGUCGUUUACGGGAAGGCAAUAAAACAAGUGCUACGUUAAUAAUAAUGACGCGACAUCAUUUCUGUUUUUCUUCAACGCCUAUUAUAGUUGGAUGCCGUCUUGCUU